UUGGUCAGGCGAACGGCGAGGCGCGGCGCCGGGCAGGCCCCCGCGGGGUCCUUCGGCGACGGGAGCGGAGGGAGCGGGAGCGGCGGCGCGAUGAACCUGGAGCUGCUCGAGUCCUUCGGCCAGAACUACCCCGAGGAGGCUGACGGCACGCUGGACUGUAUCAGCAUGGCUCUGACGUGCACCUUUAACCGCUGGGGCACGCUGCUGGCCGUGGGCUGCAACGACGGCCGCAUCGUCAUCUGGGACUUCCUGACGCGCGGCAUCGCCAAGAUCAUCAGCGCCCACAUCCACCCCGUCUGCUCCCUCUGCUGGAGCCGGGACGGGCACAAGCUGGUCAGCGCCUCCACCGACAACAUCGUGUCGCAGUGGGACGUGCUGUCCGGGGACUGUGACCAGAGGUUCCGCUUCCCCUCGCCCAUCCUCAAGGUCCAGUACCACCCCCGGGACCAGAACAGGGUGCUGGUGUGUCCCAUGAAGUCGGCCCCGGUGAUGCUGACCCUGUCUGACUCCAAGCACGUGGUGCUGCCCGUGGACGACGACUCCGACCUCAACGUGGUGGCCUCGUUCGACCGCCGGGGGGAAUACAUCUACACUGGCAAUGCCAAGGGCAAGAUCUUGGUCUUAAAAACAGACACUCAGGAUCUUGUUGCUUCCUUCAGAGUGACCACAGGGACCAGCAACACCACGGCCAUUAAAUCCAUCGAGUUCGCCCGCAAAGGGAGCUGCUUCCUGAUCAACACGGCCGACCGGAUCAUCCGCGUGUACGACGGGCGGGAGAUCCUGACCUGCGGCCGCGACGGCGAGCCCGAGCCCAUGCAGAAACUGCAGGACCUGGUCAACAGGACCCCCUGGAAGAAGUGCUGCUUCUCGGGGGACGGCGAGUACAUCGUGGCGGGCUCGGCGCGGCAGCACGCGCUCUACAUCUGGGAGAAGAGCAUCGGCAACCUGGUGAAGAUCCUGCACGGCACCCGCGGCGAGCUGCUCCUGGACGUGGCAUGGCACCCGGUGCGGCCGAUCAUCGCCUCCAUCUCCAGCGGGGUGGUUUCCAUCUGGGCUCAGAACCAAGUGGAAAACUGGAGUGCAUUUGCCCCUGAUUUCAAGGAGUUGGAUGAAAAUGUGGAAUAUGAGGAGAGGGAAUCAGAAUUUGACAUUGAGGAUGAGGAUAAGAGCGAGCCAGAGCAGACAGGUGCAGAUGCUGCCGAGGAUGAGGAGGUGGACGUGACCAGCGUGGAUCCCAUCGCCGCCUUCUGCAGCAGUGACGAGGAGCUGGAGGACGCGCGGGCGCUGCUGUACCUGCCCAUCGCCCCCGAGGUGGAGGACCCCGAGGAGAGCCCCUACGGGCCCCCGCCCGAGGCCGUGCCCGGCGCGAUGCCCGACGACGCCCUGGGCCCCGACAAGAAGCGGCCCGGCUCCUCGGACGGGCCCCAGAACCCCAAGAAAAAACCCAAAACCACCAACAUCGAGCUGCAGGGAGUCCCCAAUGAUGAGGUUCACCCGCUGCUGGGCGUGAAGGGCGACGGUAAAUCCAAGAAGAAGCAGGCGGGCAGGCCCAAAGGAUCAAAAGGUAAAGACAAAGAUUCUCCAUUUAAACCCAAACUCUACAAAGGGGACAGAGGGGCUCUGCCCCUGGAAGGAGCGGCCAAGGGGAAGGUGCAGCCGGAGCUGGGCCAGCCCCUGACAGCAGGUGGUGCCAUCUCCGAGCUGCUAUGAAGACUCUCCCUCCUCCCUUCCCUCUCCUGGCUCCCCAAUCUUGGAAAAACGCUGGAAUUCCCAGGCAGGACUGGCACUGACUGAAUUCCAAGGAUUUCAGGGAGUGAUUUGGGGCAGGAAUGACUCUGCAAGAGGGAGCAGCUCCAUCCUCCUGCUGCCUGGCCACGGAUCAGGCUGGCACUGAGCUCCAGCCGGGAAUUUUUGGGGACAAAUCCUUGUCCCAGAGUGACCUGAGCCCCUUCCCUGCCACUCCAGAGCCUCUCCACCUUUUAUCUCCCAAAAUCUCUCGGCAUUCCUGGAUGGAAGAACAGCCCAAAGUGUGAGUUUGGAUUCCUGACUGUCUCCUGCCAAGUUCCCCUUUUCCAGCUGGGAAUUCCCAACUUCCUGAGCCCGACUUUUCCCAGGGCAGAGCUGCUGAUCCCAGCCCAGAUUUUCAGGAAUUUCCAGUGGGAUUUGAGGAGCUGAGGCCCCUCUGGAAUCUGCCUUGGUUUUGUGUUUGUUUUUCCCACCCUGCCAAUGGCUUUUAGAUAAAAAAAGUCAUUUUCCAAUGUUUUUUUUUUUUUUUUUUUAUCCCAGCCUGUGAUUCCCAAAGCUCUGCUGGAAUUCCCUCCUGUCCUUUCCCAUGGUUUUAUUCCUUCUCUUCCUUGGGAAUUUCUCCUCCAGGAAUAUCCAGGCUCCUCCUUGAUAAACAAAAACCAAUUUUAUUUUUGGUCAGAACUGAAGCAGAACUUUUCCAAAGGGUUUCUGUUUUUCCCACUUCUGGGUUAAAAACAGAAUCUGGCAGCUCAUUCCCAACUUUUAUUCCUUCAGGAAUUCCUGUGGGAAUGGGAAUGGCACUUCCCCUGUCCUGGCACCUCUCAUCCCACACCAACAUCCUGAUCAAAGGAAAUUUCAUUCCUAAAUCCUUUUUUUUUUCCCCCCAGACUUUGGAGUUUCGUUCCCCCCAGGUGGAAUUUUUGGGAUUAUCAGGAGCUCUUUAAAUUUCCUGGGUGUCCUGCAGGCACUCAAAGCAGGAAGGGAGUUGGAAAAUGAUGAGGAGAGAGAGAGAGAAAACAUUUGAAAAUCAGAGGUUUUGAAAUGUCUCAAAACUUGAUGUUUUCAAUCCCAGCUUUGGGGACAUUUGGGGACAUUGAUGACCACGAGUGUAAAAUUCCUUUUUUUUUUUAAUUUUUUGGUUCUUUUUUGCUUGUGGGGUGGCUCUGCUGUGCCAAACCCACCCUGGGGGCUGGGCCUGACCCCCCCCCACAUUAAAAAUGGCCAGGCCAAGGUUCUGCAGGUUGGGUUAAAGCCUUGAAUGCCCCCAAACUCAGCUCCCCUCUGUACAGUGUAAAUGCCUUCCUUUCUUCCCAUCCCUGCUUCAUUCCCAUCCUUCUUUCCUGCUCUGCUCCCAUCUUUAUUGUAUUCCCAUCCUUAUUCUAUUUCCUCCUUUAUUCCCAUCUUUAAUCUAUUUCCUGCUUUAUUUCCAUCUUUAUUCUAUUUCCUGCUUUAUUCCCAUCUUUAUUUCCUGCUUUAUUCCCAUCCUUAUUUCCUGGUCUCUUCCCAUCUUCAUUUUAUUUCUUGAUUAUUCCCAUCCUUAUUCUAUUUCCUGCUUUAUUCCCAUCUUUAUUCUCUUUCCUGCUUCAUUCCCAUCCUUAUUUCCUGCUCUGCUCCCAUCUUUAUUUUAUUCCCAUCUUUAUUCUAUUUCCUGCUUUAUUCCCAUCUUUAUUCUAUUUCCUCCUUUAUUCCCAUCCUUAUUUCCUACUCUGUUCCCGUCUUUAUUUUAUUUCUUGAUUAUUCCCAUCCUUAUUUUAUUUCCCAGUUUGUUCCCAUCCUUAUUUUCUGUCCUGGUUAUUCCCAUCUUUAUUUUAUUUCCUGUUUUUAUUUUCUAUCCUGCUUUAUUCCCAUCCUUAUUUUAUUUCCUGCUUAAUCCUCAUUUUUCUUUCCUGGCUAUUCCCAUCUUUAUUUUAUUUUAUUUCAUUUUAUUUUAUUUUAUUUCCUGCCUUAUUCCCAUCUUUAUUUUAUUUCUCACUUUGUUCCCGUCUUUAUUUUAUUUCCUGCUUUGUUCCCAUCUUUAUUUUAUUUCCUGGUUAUUCCCAUCCUUAUUUUAUUUUAUUUCCUGCGUUAUUCCCAUCCUUAUUUUAAUUUCUUUCCUGCUUUGUUCCCAUCCUUAUUUUAAUUUCUUUCCUGCUUAUUCCCAUCUUUAUUUUCUUUCCUGCCUAUUCCCAUCCUCUUUUUCUUUCCUGAUUUAUUCCCCCCCUAUUUUAUUCCCUGGUUUUGUACAAUACUGGAGCAGCUCCUGCAGCGGUGGUGGUUCUGUGUUUGUAAAUAAAGAGGUACCUUCCCUUUCCUAAAACCCAC